CAUACGAGGUUAGGUUAGACACGUUCAUGUUAUCGGCGAUUUUUCAAAGUUUCUGCAAUCGAACAAAGUAUCGGAGGAAGACGCGGGGUAAGAAGAAAAAGCGGACGCCCUGCCGUGUUCUGAAGAGAACGGCUAAAAGAAGAAAAAGGAUAAAUUGAGAAUGAGAUCUCUCUCUCUCGUUGAUCUCAGACGAGACGGCGCCGUGUAAAUAACAACCGAGUUCGCAUCAAGGUAAAUUCUUCUUCGCGAGUAACGCGAAUCACGUUUUGCCGGUUCGUCGCUCUUCAGCUUCGCUUCCUGGUGCCGGUGAUGGUGAUUCCGCGAGGCGAGACGAGACGCGAGAACUCCCCGGACAUGGUCUCACUCACGACGACGUGAACGAGGAUGCAAACGAUGCUGCAGGCUCGUUGGGAACGCUCUCAGAAACGCAAGAAGCUCCUGGCUCAGACGCUGGGAGUCUCGAGCGUGGAUGAACUGCGACAGAUUCUGGGAACGGACGUGGAGGAUACGCAGAAGAAGAGAGGCAGACUGUCCAAUGACAAGUCUGACGGCGCAGUCAAGGAUUUGAAGGACGACGUUGCUCCAACGGACGAGAUUGUAUAUAAGGAUUCCUCGACGUUCCUGAAGGGAACGCAAUCGUCGAAUCCGCACAAUGACUACUGUCAACAUUUUAUCGACACUGGCCAACGGCCACAGAAUUUUAUCAGAGACGUGGGUCUAGCGGAUAGAUUCGAAGAGUACCCGAAACUACGCGAGCUGAUCAAGCUGAAGGACGAUUUAAUCGCGGAGACCGCGACCCCACCAAUGUAUCUAAAAACAGACCUGCUGUCGUAUAACCUGAAAGAGCUCAAUUGUAAAUUUGAUGUCAUUCUUAUAGAGCCACCUCUGGAAGAAUAUCAGAGAACGUGCGGCGCAACCAAUGUGCAACUUUGGAACUGGGAUCAAAUAAUGGAGUUGGAUAUCGGUGAGGUGGCCGCCAAUCGUAGCUUCGUAUUUUUAUGGUGCGGUAGUAGCGAUGGAUUAGACAUGGGAAGAUUUUGUCUGCGUAAGUGGGGUUUCCGUCGUUGCGAGGAUAUUUGUUGGAUCCGCACGAACAUCAAUAAUCCGGGUCACAGCAAAAACCUAGACAGUAAGGCAGUGCUGCAGAGAACGAAGGAGCACUGUCUUAUGGGUAUUAAAGGAACGGUACGACGCUCCACCGAUGGCGACUUUAUUCAUGCCAAUGUCGACAUCGAUCUCAUUAUAUCUGAAGAACCCGAUUACGGAUCCAUCGAGAAACCCGUAGAGAUUUUUCACAUCAUCGAGCACUUCUGCCUCGGCCGAAGAAGGUUGCAUCUCUUUGGUCGUGAUAGCACCAUUAGACCUGGUUGGCUCACCGUCGGUCCGGAACUAACGAACACUAAUUUCAAUGCGGACCUGUACCAAAGUUACUUCGCCAAUGGUCAGAUCACUACCGGCUGUACCGAAAGGAUAGAAGCGCUCAGACCGAAGUCGCCGCCACCAAAGGGAAAAGUAUCCGGCCGAGGAAGAGGAGGCUUUAAUCGUGGCAGAGGCAGAGGGAGAUAAAUAAAUCAGAUUCCUGCGUUGUAUGUCUUUCGAACAUUAUUACAAUAGAUGUAAGAAAUCUGAAAAUAUAAAUACAUAAAUAAUUA